AUGGGUGUUUGGAGCAGCAUCAACGCUGCCCUCCAGCUUAAGGGGGGUGGCGGGCCCAAUCACUGGAAGAACCUGGAUUUGACCCCCUUGCCUGUCGACCUCCGAACAUGGAAAGACCUCGACUUCGUCGGUCUUUGGAGUACUGCUUUUGUGACCAUCUUUGGCUGGCAGGGCGUUUCCGCGCUGCUGUCUAUGGGCCUCAGCGUUUGGCAGGCGAUAGUCUGUAACUUUGUGGCCAAGUUGAUCCAGAUCGCAGUUGUGAUCGGCGCAGUCUGGCAUAUUGGCUUUUCAGUUAAUGCGCGUCAAUCCUUCGGUCUACGGGGGUCCUAUGUCCCGCUGAUCAUACGUGUCUGUCUGUGCUGUGUCUGGUUCGGAGUUCAGGCAUUCACUGGUGGCCAACUCGUCUCCACCCUUCUUUCGUCCAUAUUCUCCGGCUAUCAGAACAUGGAGAAUACCCUCCCUGCAUCAGCCAGUAUGACAACCAAGGAGUUUAUCGGGCUUGUGAUUUUCAACAUCAUUUGCAUCCCGUUCCUCUACAUACCGCCCCAUAAACUUCGCAUUCCCUUUCGUUAUACGCUGACAAUCAGUGCCAUUACAUUGAUUGGAAUGUCAAUCGGCCUAAUGGCCGCGGCUGGUGGUGCCGGACCACUGGUGCACACAGGGGUCACCGUCAACGGCGGAUCCCAGUUAGGCUGGGCGUGGAUUCAUGGAAUUACAACCGUCAUUGGAGGCACAGUAGUUGGCUCAACGAGUCAAUGCGAUUUCUCUCGCUUUGCGCGUCGUCCAGGCAAUCAAUUUAAGGGCCAGAUAUUUGCCCUGCUGUUCUUUGGAAAUGUCAUCCCCGUUUUCGGGCUACUGGGCACAUCGGCGGCGUCCAAGCUGUAUGGAGAUGUGACGGAGUUGGUACUAUGGAACCCACCAAACAUCAUUCAAACCUGGCUAGACCGAGACUAUCAUAACCCCAAGAUUCGCGCUGCAACCUUCUUUGUCUCUCUGGGAUUGACAUGUUCGAUGGUGGCCAUUAAUACAGUUGAAAACGGAAUAUCCGGAGGUAUGGAUGCCGCGGGCCUCCUCCCCCGGUAUAUCAAUAUUCGACGGGCAAAGGCUACAACUUUUACCGCAGUUCUUUCCAGUUUCGGAGUCAUCCUCGGCCCCUUAAUUGCAGUCUUCACCUGCGACUACUUCUUCGUGCGCCACCAAAAGGUCAAAUUAACUGACCUCUUCCAACCAUCUUCUCAAAGCAUAUACUGGUUUUGGCACGGUGUUAAUUGGAGAGGUUUCCUUUCCUGGCUUGUGGGCACAGCGCCUUUCCUCCCAGGCCUGGCCAGUUUAAACCCAAAAACAGCGGACAACAUCCCGAUUGGGUUGACUCAAGCUACUUACACCGGAUUUUUAUGUGGCUACGUUAUUUCAUUCACCUUGCACUAUGUGCUGAAUAAGGUGUCUCCGCCACCUGGCCUUGGUGCCUUUGAUGUAACAGAUACUUUCGGCACGUUCAGCUACGAAGAAGCAGAGAAAUUGGGAAUACGCACCUUAGAGACCGAUAUGCCAUAUGAAAGUGGCGCCGUGUAUCCGAAUAAAGGGCUGGAAUAG